CCAUGGCUGAAAUCGAGUCCUUAAUCCUCCUCUCCACCCUCUUUUUCCUCUCCGUUUACUUACUCCGAUCAAUUCUAUCCAGAACCGCCGCCAUAUCCACCGCCCUCCGCCUUCCUCCUAGUCCUCCGUCGCUGCCGCUUAUCGGCCACCUCCACCUCCUCUCUCCGGCGCUUUACAGCUCCUUCCGCCGUCUCUCCGAUCGGUACGGCCCGAUCCUCUAUCUCCGCCUCGGUGCCUCCCGCUGCCUCGUCGUCUCAUCGGCGCCGAUCGCCGCCGAAAUCUUCAAGACGCACGACGUCCUUUUCGCCUCCCGUCCGACUCUGGCCUUCGCAGAUAAACUGUACUACGGAAAAUUAGGGUUUGUUUUGGCACCGUACGGCGAUUACUGGAGGUUCAUGAAAAAGGUCUGCGUGACGGAGCUUCUCAGCCCCCGGCAACUGGAGCGGUCGCAGAACGUCCGCCGGGAAGAAAUCCGGCGGUUUCUGUCGAGAAUCGCUGGCCAUUCCCGGCUGAAGGACACUGUGGAUAUCGGCGGAGAGCUUAUGAGAUUAACCAACAAUACGACUUGCAGGAUGUUAAUGAACACAACAUGCUCGGGAGAAAAGAACGAGGCCGAAAGAAUACGAUAUUUAGUGAAGGAAGCAAUGGAAGUAAUAACAAAGAUAUGCUUUGGAGAUGUAUUGGGGCCAUUCAAGAACUUGGGUUUCUUGGUCUAUGGGAAGAGGGCUCUUGAUGUUGGCAGAAGUUGUGAUGAACUAAUGGAGAAGAUCUUGAAGGAACAUGAACUUAAAGGCAAGAUGGAGAGUAAUGAACCUAAGGAUUUUAUGGAUAUUCUCUUGGAUAUUCAACAAGAUCAUGCUGCUGCUAUUAACCUCACAAGAACCCAUAUCAAAGCAUUCAUUUGGGAUCUGUUCAUUGCUGGCACUGAUACUUCAUCAGUAGCCAUGGAAUGGGCAAUGGCUGAACUAAUCAGCCAUCCUGAAGUGCUGAAAAGGGUAAGAAAGGAGAUAGAAUCAGUGGUUGGAGAAUCAAGAAGGCUUGUGGAAGAAGAAGACAUUCCUAAACUCCCUUAUUUGCAAGCUGUUGUGAAGGAAACUUUGAGGCUCUACCCAUCAGGACCAGUCACAAUAAGAGAAUGUCGUCAAAGUUGCAAAAUCGGAGGCUACGACGUGCCACAAAAAACAAGUGUCGCGGUCAAUCUCUUUGCUAUUAUGAGAGACCCUCAAGUGUGGAGUGAACCUAACAAGUUUCGUCCCGAGAGGUUCUUAGCUCCAUCGUCAAAACAAGAACGAAUUGAGACCAAUACAGGGCAAAGUUUUGACUUCAUCCCGUUCGGGGGUGGAAGGAGAGCGUGCCCUGGUGCGACAUUGGCGUUAAGCAUGAUAAACACAACGAUAGCGGCCCUGGUUCAGUGUUUUGAUUGGAAGGUGGUUGGAGAAGGAGGUGGGGAAGAGGAAGCUAAGGUUGAUAUGCAACCAGGACAAGGCUUGACUUUAGGAAUGGCCAAGCCUCUCUUGCUUGUUCCUACGUUACUUUUUGAUCCAUUUGGUGCUUCAAUGUAACAAUGCAUGAUCAAUGGCCUGUUCGUCAGUUUCUUCAAUAAGGUCUCACUUCAAGUUUACAAUACUAACAAUGUGUUACGAUAA